AAAAUUUCUAGACGUCUAAUUUUGUCUAUAAUAUCUAAAUUAAUAAAAGUUGAGUUAAUUCUGAAGUAAAUUGGCUACCAUCCAAGAGUGGGAAUACAUGUGUCUAUAUUUAGAUUACAGAUAUGCUAGAGUGUAUCCCUAAAGGUUAUAAAAUCUGCUGAAACCAAAACUGUUUAAAUGUGUAAUUACAUUGGUUAGUGAAUAAAGUAAAAAUUCUAAGUAUGAAUAUUUGUGUAAGUGUAAGUACAUUCCUUGUUGCAGUUCUAUUUGUUAUAUAUGCUAUAGAUGUUCAAGAUGAUAAAAAGAAUAAUCUGGAAGAACUUUUGGUGGAAAAUUGGGCUGAGACAUUUGGAAAAGAAUUGUGGUAUCUGGGACAAAAUAUAACUAAAUCUGAUGAGAUUAGAUUGCGUUACAAAAAAUUGAACGAAACACACGUGUUUAGAACAAAUGCUAGUCAACUUCUACAAAACAUAUCAACAGCAAUGAAUCGUAUGAUAAGAUUGAAAAUGACAGCUGUAUCUUGUCUUAUGGAUGCAGCAGAACGUUUAUCUGAAGAAUUUGAAUGGAAAUUCUAUGGAGAAAAUGGAAUUUCGAACUACACUUAUUAUAAUGCAAAGUAUUCACCAGUUGAGGGUAUUGAUGAUUGUAAUGAUACCGACCGAACUACCCCAAAUAUAUCUUUGGAUCUGGGAAAAAUUAUUAUUCAAUUAGAAUUCAAAACAAUGAACCUGACAAAAAAUGAUCAUUUUUAUGGAUUAUCUGUUAAUACUGAUUACAGCGCAGUUUAUUUACCCACAAUAUUAUUUGAAAAACUUGAACAUGUCCAAAAACCUUUACAAUGGUCUGAAAAAAUGGACGAAGUGUUUUUACAAAAUUAUCGCAGUGAUCCAUCACUUUCUUGGCAAUAUUUUGGAAGUACAGCAGGGUUUAUGCGCCAUUAUCCUGCUAUAAGAUGGUCAGCUAAACCUAGUGUAUUUGACACCCGUCUGCGACCGUGGUACAUACAAGCUGCAACUUGUUCAAAGGAUGUAGUAAUUUUGUUAGAUAUUUCCGGUUCCAUGAGUGGCAUGCAUCAAUCAAUUUCUCAGCUUGUAAUUAAAUCUCUAUUGAAAACAUUCAAUAAUGAUGAUUCGAUUAAUAUUAUUUUUUUUAAUACUGGUUUUACUUACUUAGUAACUUGUUUUAAAGAAUUAUUAGUCCAGGCUACUCCUGAAAAUCUUUACACAUUUCAUAAAGCUAUAAUUGAAGAUCCAAGAUUAUUACCAUCCUCUACAGCAAACUACAGCAAGGCAUUUAUUGAAGCUUUUCAACUUUUAUCUAAUAACAGGAACAACAACAGGUGUUCUGAGGAAACGUGUAAUCAAAUGAUUAUGUUGGUCACGGAUGACGAUCCUAAUGAAGAACUUUUUGAUGUUGUACAAAAGUACAAUCGCAUUGAUGAUAAUAAAUUUACAAACAUACCAGUCCGAAUAUUUACCUACAUGAUGGGUCGUGAUACUACUACAACACCUGAACUAGAGCGACUAGCUUGUGAAAACAGAGGUAGCUUUGCACACGUACAUUCAAAAGACGAAGUACUUGAAAGUGUAUUGAAAUACAUCGCUGUUUUAGCAAGACCUUUAGUAUUACAAGCUGAAAAACAUCCUGUUACAUGGUCCCACACAUUUAUGGACAUUUCUGAUCCAUAUGUAACAAGUGCAUUAAAAAAUUCAAUGGAUCUUGAUAAGCAGAUGAGUGAUCUCGCUGCUAAUUUGAAUGAACAAAAACAAUUCCCUAACCAACAUAAAAUGGAUUCUAAGUAUUUGAUAUUGAACUCUGAGAGUGUAGAUGAGGAUGGAAAUUAUCAAGAAUACAGGCCAAUGACUGCGAUUUCUAUACCAAUAUUUAAUAAAAAAAGGGAUGAAAAUAAUAAGACCAGAGUUAAAGGAGAUUUGCUCGGUGUUGCUGGAACUGAUGUACCAAUUUCUGAAUUUGAAAAACUAACACUUCCAUACAAAAUUGGUGUAAAUGGCUAUGCUUUUGUUGUUACAAAUAAUGGUUAUGUGCUUUUUCAUCCAAAGUUGAGACCUGUCGAAGACGGUAUCUUAAAAGAUAAUCACAAUAGUAUUGACCUAACCGAAUUGGAAAUGUUGGAUGAUAACGAUGAAGAGCCAAGACAACCACAUCAUCAUAUAGUUCAUUUACGGGAAUCAAUUGUAAAUCAUAAGCGUGGAUCAAUGGAAAAUUUAAGCAUUAAGUUUCACUACGACAAUAUGAGAAGAGUUGGGUCUGAAGUUCGUAAUUAUCAUUAUACUGCAUUAGACCCAAAAAUAGAAGGCCCUUUUACACUUGGUUUAGUAUUACCUGCCUCUUAUGGUAACAAUUGGAUUAAAGCUGGUGAUGAAAUUAAUAAAUCCAUAGAAAAAAAUGAACUAUUUGAUAAAUAUUUUCAAGAUAAAUGGAAAAUUCAUCCAAACUGGGUGUAUUGUGAUUAUUUUCAUUCAUCAGAGCGAAAAUUUGAAAAUCCUGAAGAAAAAUUGCUUCAUUUUAUGGAAAAAAUAUUUUCUCCAGAUUGGGAAUGGAGAGAGCAAUAUCCAGAUUCAAAUUUUGAAAAUAUUUCAAUGGACGAUUUUGAUAGACGGGAAUGUGACAGAAAACCAAUAGACAUAGAUGAGUUCUACUGCGAUAAAGAAUUAAUGCAACUUCUAUUUUUUGAUGCAAAAAUAACACAUGCAUUAUACAAUUCAACCUGGAAUCCUACUUCAGAAUUUGAGAAGCGUUAUGUAAACCAAUAUAAUGUUAGUGUCAGAUUUUUGGCGACCCAAGGAGGGUUGAGUAGAUGGCAACAUAUACUUGAUCUGGCUGAAGGUGAAUUACAGUUUGGAGAUGUUCAUAACCGAUCGGUUGAGGAAGUUUGGUAUAAGCGUCCUGUACUAUAUCGUAACCUUAAUCCACAAGCAUUUGUAUUUUCAGUGCCUUUUAAUUCUGGAGACAAUGAUAAACUAAAAAUCACUGCCAGUCAUGCUAUAUUUGUUGAGGAUGAAAAUAAUGAGGCACCAGGGUCAGUAGUUGGAUAUGAAAUGUUACAUAAGAAAUUCUACGAUCGCUUUAUGGAAAUCACGCAGACCAAUGAAAAUUGCCCAAGUUGUUUACCAUGCACAUCUGACCACGUUGAUUGUUAUAUAAUUGACGAAAAUGGAUAUGUCGUACUGUCAGAAAUUCCAGCAGAUACUGGCAGAUUUUUUGCACAAACUGAAUUAAAGAGUACUGGAGUUAUUAUGGAAACAAUGAUAUCAAAAAAAAUAUUUAGGCGUAUACCUAUGUUUGACUACCAAGCUUUAUGCAAAGAAAGAAUACCAGCCUCAAGUGCAUCAUCCUACUUGUUAACGCCAUUUUAUAUUGUGUAUACGAGUCUAAAAAUGUUCUUGAUGAAUUUACUGUGGUUAUUAGUCGAAGGAAACUUAGUCCAUGUAUGGUCAAUUAAUGAAGGAGGGUAUGGAGAUGAUGUGGUGCCCAAUAAAAACCCAGAAAAAUUUAAAAUUAUCAGUAAACCCUGCGAUAAGAUAGCCGAUUUGUUUAUGCUGCAACAUGAACACCUAAGUGCUGAAGGAUUUGAUGCUCCACCGCCAGCUGGAUCAACUAUAAGGCCGUUUUUUGUAAAACGUAUAGCCCAUUCAAAUUUACUUCUCGUUGUUGUAAAAAAUGCAGAAAGCAGUCAAAGUCAUUUGAGCGUUAAUCCAGUUAAAGUGGAGUAUAAAAACACAUCAGGUAUAAUCACAGAUCAUAGUUGCAACAAACUGAAUCUCAACUCUUUUUAUAGACGCAAACUGGGAGGAUGUUAUAAUAGUCAUCCGGAGGAGCCAAACACCAAAGUGUGUUCAAAAUGUAAUAUUAUUAAGUCAACAAUAUUAUUCGUAUUGUUAAUGAGCAAUUUAUGUAUACAUAUUUAAAUUUAAUUAUGCUUUAUCAACAAACUGUAAUUCAUUAAUUAAAAAAA